AUGGCCAGUCGUUCCCCGAAUAAAAUCUUUGUUGGACCAACGCCGACCACAUUGACCGAGCAAACUCUGCUGAACUACUUCGGUCGUUUUGGCACCAUUGAUACACUUGAACUGGUGGAUAUGUCCUCUCUACCAUCGGUAUCAUCUAAUAAUUAUCUGAAAUCUGCAACGAGCAUAUUUGUACGUAUCCAUUAUUACAUAAUCACAUUCUCAUCAGUGAUACCAUCAGUUGCUACUGACGAACUGAACAAAGAAUGGCAUGUAAUCGACAACCAUUUAUUACAAGUUCGGCAGGUCGAAUUACGUUCGGUUGAUGCUCAAGCAAGAUAUCCAGAAACCACUGAAGCAUGGAACACAACACUUACUUCAUUGAAUCGUCCAGAGUCAUCGCCAUUAAAUCCACCAAACCCUCUAAGUGGAAACAUAUUUAAUGUUUCACGAAGCAUUCCUCAAGUUUCAACGGUGAAAAGCACUGCGACUGGUAUCACAAUAUCUGUCACUCCUGCAUGGUUCGAGGAAACUGCGGUUACUACUUCCAUUCGGUAUCCAUCAACAGUAACACCUACAAGUGACAAGGAAGUACGUCGACCAUUCGACAUACUAGCGAAGUACCGUGCUGUACGAGAUGGGCAACACAAGAAACAAAUCGAUUUUGUUGCAGAGCCAUUCAUACCGAAUGUGGACUCAACUGAGACACUUAUUGUAGUACUUGACAUGCUCGCUCAAUCGAAGGGGAUACAGACGAGCUUUACAAGUACACCAUGUACGUUCAAAAGCAGUAUCGACAGCGCUGCCUGUGGUAUAGUCAAUCUUUCUACUAUGCCUUUGUUUAGUUUGGCCGAAGAUGGACCUUUGUAA